GGGUGACCCUUUCUUACUCCACAUAACAUGUUUUCUCAGCUCCUGACUUCCUCUGCGGUUUGUCAGCACUCUCUUUUUAGCCUAAGACUAGUUAGCAAACAAGGGAGGUUGUCAUUUCCUCAUCGUGAAGCUUUGUUCCUCGUGGGGGCUAGAAAUCUCUUUCUAGCUCCAGAUUGUGAAGGCUUCCUGAGUAAGCAGCGUGUCUCCAUCCCCCUCUCUAGGGGCUCUUGGGUGGAUCUUGCACUCUAGAAGGAACAAUGGACCUCUGGCUUUGGUCACUUUACUUCCUGCCAGUAUCAGGGGCCCUGAGGAUCCUCCCAGAAGUAAAGGUAGAGGGAGAGCUGGGCGGAUCAGUUACCAUCAAGUGCCCACUUCCUGAAAUGCAUAUGAGGAUGUAUCUGUGCCGGGAGAUGGUUGGAUCUGGAACAUGUGGUACUGUGGUAUCUACCACCAACUUCAUCAAGGUGGAAUACAAGGGCCGAGUCACUCUGAAGCAAUACCCACGCAAGAAUCUGUUCCUAGUGGAGGUAACACAGCUGACCGAAAGUGACAGCGGAGUCUAUGCCUGUGGAGCGGGCAGGAACACAGACAGGGGGAAGACCCAGAAAGUCACCCUGAAUGUCCACAGUGAAUACGAGCCAUCAUGGGAAGAGCAGCCAAUGUCUGAGACUCCAAAAUGGUUUCAUCUGCCCUAUUUGUUCCAGAUGCCUCCAUAUGCCAGUUCUUCCAAAGUCGUAACCAGAGUUACCACACCAGCUCAAAGGACCAAGUUUCCUCCAGUCCACCACUCCUCCCCCACCACCCAAAUCACCCACCACCCUCGAGUGUCCAGAGCAUCUUCAGUAGUAGGUGACGAGCCCCCAACCUUCCUGCCAUCCACUACAGCCUCAAAGAUCUCAGCUCUGGAGAAGCUGCUCAAGCCUCGGACAGCCAGCUACAACCACCACACCAGGCUGCACAGGCAGAGAACAUUGGACUAUGGCUCACGGUCUGGGAGGGAAGGCCAAGGAUUUCACAUUCUGAUCUCGACCAUCCUGGGUCUUUUCCUGCUGGCACUUCUGGGGCUGGUGGUGAAAAGCGCUGUUGAAAGGAGGAAAGCCCUCUCCAGGCGGGCCCGCCGACUGGCCGUGAUGAUGCGCGUACUGGAGAGCUCCCAGAGGACCCGCGGGUCGCCGCGACCGCGCUCCCAAAACAACAUCUACAGCGCCUGCCCGCGGCGCGCUCGUGGGGCGGACGCUGCAGGCAAGGGAGAGGCCCCCGUUCCAGGCCCCGGAGCGCCGUUGCCCCCCGCCCCGCUGCAGCGUGGCUGUCAUUGCCUGGUACUUCCAGCCAACCUCGUGAGCCAGGCGCCCCAGAUAGGCAAACUUCCUUGUGAGCUUCAGACGCACGACCUUGAGGGCAGCAGGAACCACCAUCCGCUUUUUCUUGUCGUGGGGUGGUGGGACGCCGUCAAACACCUUGAGGCGGUCCGGAGCGGCCUGGCCUCACUUGGUCUCCUGGGGCAGCAAGCCUUGCACCGUCUGCCAGAAGAUGCGACUGGGGGCCGGAAAGUGGAAAGGGCCUCGGGAAGGGUGUCUGAAUCUCCCUGGUUCCAUGCCCCAUCUCUGAAGAGCAGCUGUGAAUAUGUGAGUCUCUACCACCAGCCUGCCGCCAAGAUGGAGGACAAUAAUUCAGAUGACUACAUCAAUGUUCCUGCCUGACAACUCCCCAGCUGUCCCCCGACCCCAGGCUCAGACUGUGGUGCCAAGGAGUCUCAUCUGUCUGCUGAUAUCCAAUACCUGCUUCGUGUGUUCUUAGAGCCCUCAUCACUUCCCAGGCCCCAUCUUGACUCCCAUCCCCGUCUAUCUGUGCCCUGAGCAUGGCUCUGCCCUCAGGUCCUCUUGCACACCUUGGCAGCCUCCUGUAGUUGACAGGUAAGCUGUAGGCAUGCAGAGCAAUUGUCCCAAUGCCACUUGUUUCUUUUCCAAUCUAACAGGCUGUGGGAUUUGCAGAGCAUUUCUUCCAUGUCUUUGACCACAAGGUUGUUGCUGCCCAGACUCUAGACCACAUGGCAUCAGGCUGGGGCAGAGGCAUAGCUAUUGUCUUGGGCAUCCUUCCCAUGCUUGGGUCUUACACAAGUAGAAGGCUGUUGCUCUGAGUUAUGUGGACAUGCCUCAGCCCCGUGGACUAGGCAGGGGUCUAGUAUAAAAACACUCCCGGAAACGCCUUUGCCCUGAUCUAAAAGUUAGCACUUCUAGUGAACCUCUACUUAUCUCAAGUUCUAUGCUAAAGGCAAUUUAUCUUGAUGUGAUGAGGUAUUCUAAAUUUCAGAACCAAGCUUGUUAGCGAGAUAUGCAUAUAUAUCCAUAAACUCUCUUUACUUUGUCUCCAUCACUUGAUGCACGUAAGUGCCCUGACCUCAGCAUCUCUCCUCAAAAAAAAAGGUAUUUGUCAUCUCUUUAUCUUUCUUCCAUAGCCUGACACUGAUGUUUGUGCACUUACCUUAACUUUUAUCUAUUUUAGUCAUCCAAAGCUAUUACAUUUCUUGGCUUUCACAAAUGUUGCCCAUUUCUUAGGCAGUUCCAGACAAUGUGGGGAAGGAAAGCAAUAAGAAAUUCCUGGGUAGCACUUAUGUCAUGGAAGAAGAGAUAUCCCAACUCCUACAUAUACUAUUUGUCUAAGUUUUUGGAACAAGGUCAUAGUCAGACAUUAUAUCUUUAGAUUGAUGUCGACCACAAAGUUCAGCCAGAGCUUGAGGCUAGAUGCCGAGCUUUGCUGCUGGGAAGAAGGCCUCUUCUAGCUAUACUGCACAGUCUCACUGGGCAUUCAUCCAGAAAUAGAGAAGAAAGGCUGCCAGACUUGAGUUGUGUUGUCUUUUAUUAGCAGGGAAUGUCAUCACAGAUUGGAUGGUACAUCCAAGUGCAAUGUCAACAUCAGCAAGGUCAGCUUGACACUCAAGUGGCACAUUAGGGAAGAAUGACUAGGACAAAAAGAAAAGGAGGGCACCAAGGGAAAGGGAUGAUGGGGUGGGUUGGUGAGUGUGGGUGGGAAAUGAAAUGUUUAGUGAGGAUCUGCUUUGUGCUGGGCACUUUAAUCCACAUUUUAUCAUUUGCUUUUCAAACCGAUGCACCUUACCCCCACCCCAAUGCUCUGUCCCUGCAGAUAUCAGAAGACAGUGUGAUUUUCACACUCUAAAGUUCAGUUUUACAUGCCAUCAUCCCUCUCUGUUUUUUAACAAUCCAAAGACAGACCAAAAAAACCACCACAGUUUAUUAAGUACUUACUGAGCACCCAUCCACUGCCCCACAUUGUGGCAAGGAUUGUGAGGGGUAAAGAAGCAUGGGGCACAAUAUUCUGCUGCCUUCAUGUAACUUACAGUCUCACAAAUAAAUAGAACUUCAGUUGAAAUACUGACAUUAAUUAAAUAGAGUUGUAAUAAAUACAGGAAUCUUCUUUGUAGACUCUUCACAGCAUCCAGAGGCACCUUCCCUGACUGUCACUGGGGCUGCUUAAAGAAUGACUUCUUUGACAAUAAUCCUGGGCCAAAAAUGGGACCCAUGGCCAAGGGUAUGAAGUGUCCAGUGAACAGCAUAGGAAGGGAGACUGUUUGAAAUGACACAGGGAAUGAACCAGUGGGGGAAGGGGGGUCCUGAUCUAGACAUUCAGAGCUUGUAGAAUUGCUGCAUCCAGGUCAGAAGAAUGUCCACUUCCCCAAGGGCUUUGGUCAGAGCUGCUUCUAUGUCCAACUAAAGGGAAAAGAGGGUUGAAGGUCAACCAUGUUAGCUAUGAGAAUAGUCUUUCUUCUAACCCGCCAUGGCUGAAAUACACCUGACUCCAAUCCAUGGGAUGGGUCACCUUUGGGAUGGCCUCUGAUGAGCUCACCUGCUUGUCACUUUUCCUCCAUCUACAUGUGUUUGUCUGCUUCAGGGGUGAGGACAAACAGGCUAGUGAGUAUCAGUGGGCAAGGAACAAGGAAAAGGCACAUGGCACGCCUAACAACAGGAACCACAAACUCCAGUAUAAGGUGGAUGUGUCCCACCACCUGAAUCCACUGCACAGGUGAAAUGAGCCCAGGUGGCCAGUCUCCAUCAGAUGUUAUUGCUCUUCACCAUUUAUUUAUAGGCUGAUGCAUCUCUUCCUCAAAUAAAAAGUGAUCAAAAUCA